CACUGCAAUCAUUUAACACAUUUUGCUUUAUUGGUACAGUUAACAAAUAGCACGCCUGAUGAACCUACAUUAUUAUCAUUGCAACUUAUAACCUAUAUCGGCUGUGGUUUAUCGGUAAUAAGUCUCGCCAUUACUUUGAUCUUUUAUAUCGUAUUAUGGAGGUAUUUCGAAGGAAAAGUAGUAAUAUUUAUCCAUUUCAACGUAAUGCUAAAUCUGUUGAUAUCAGAUAUAUUAAUAAUUACGACAUUUGGAUUGUCUAAUUACUUUGUAAUUUGCGUCGUCUCAACCUUUGUUCUACAUAUUACGUUGCUAUCAUCAUUCUCUUGGAUGCUUGUAGAGGGUUUGCAUGCUUACAUCAAAAUCGUUCGAGUUUUCAGUUCUGAAGUUAAGCCUUGGGUAUACUGCGUAUUCGCUUACGGUACAAUCACAAGAAAUGCUAUAUUUACUCUAUCUCAAGAUGAUAACACCUUGAAAUACCAAUAUGCUGAUCUUUAG